AUGUUUAGGUUAACUCCCUUUAAGUCUAUACCCAGGACUUUCCCAAGGUUACCAUCAUCUAGAAUCAGUAGUGUGAAUUCUUUCAAGCUUAUUCAAUAUCCGAAGCAAUCUUUCAGUAAAAUAUCAUUCAGAGGAUUCCACAAUACUUCUAAACUUCAUAAUGAAAAGAAUCAAUUAUUUGGUAGAAAUAUCUCUACUUCACAAAUGAACAUGAUCAAAUCAUUAAUGGCAACGGUAUGGCCCAAAAAUAAUUUGGGUUUCAAAGUAAGAGUAAUCAUUGCUUUAUCAUUAUUGAUUGGAUCUAAAUUGUUAAACGUUCAAGUACCCUUUCUAUUCAAGAAUAUCAUUGAUGGUAUGAACGUCGAUUGGAGUGAUAGUGUAGGAAUUACCGGAACAGUCAUUGCAAGUUUAAUUUUUGCUUAUGGUGGAGCAAGAUUUGGAGCUGUUUUAAUGGGUGAAUUAAGAAAUGCUAUAUUUGCAUCAGUAGCUCAAACUGCCAUUAAAAGAGUAGCUUUGAAUACUUUUAAACAUUUAUUGAAUAUGGAUUUACAAUUCCAUUUAUCAAGACAAACUGGUGGUAUAACCAGAGCUAUAGAUAGAGGUACAAAAGGGAUUUCAUAUGUCUUAAAUGCUAUAGUAUUUCAUAUUAUGCCUUUAACUUUUGAAAUUUCCAUUGUUUGUGGAGUUUUAACUUAUAAUUAUGGUGUACAGUUUGCUACGGUUACUUUUUUUACUAUGUUAGCAUAUGCUAUCUUUACAAUUAGAACCACUGCUUGGAGAACUAAAUUUAGAAGAGAUGCUAACAAUGCUGAUAAUCAAGCAGCUAAUGUAGCAUUGGACUCAUUGAUUAAUUUUGAAGCAGUUAAGAACUUCAACAAUGAAGGAUAUCAAAGUGCUAAAUAUGAUAGUGCGUUAACUAACUAUCAAAAUGCAUCCAUCAAAGUAGCUACUUCAUUAGCAUUUUUGAAUUCAGGUCAAAAUUUGAUUUUCUCUUCUGCUUUAACAGCUAUGAUGUAUAUGGGGUGUCAAGGUGUAGCUACUGGUGGGUUAAGUGUAGGGGAUUUGGUGUUGAUUAAUCAAUUGGUAUUCCAAUUAUCAUUACCUUUGAAUUUCUUGGGUUCAGUUUAUAGAGAGUUGAAACAAUCUUUAUUAGAUAUGGAGAAUUUAUUCCAAUUACAAAACCAUGAAAUCAAAAUUGUUGAUAAACCAGAAAGUAAAGAAUUAAUCUUAAAUUCUUCAAAACCAGGAGAAAUCAAAUUCGAAAAUGUUACUUUCGGGUAUCAUCCCGAUAGACCAAUUUUGAAAAAUGCCACAUUCACAAUUCCUCCAGGACAAAAAGUCGCUAUUGUUGGUCCAAGUGGUAGUGGUAAAUCAACUAUCUUGAGAUUGGUAUUUAGAUUCUAUGAUGUUACAGAAGGAAGAAUUUUAAUCGAUGGACAAGAUAUCAGAGAUGUGAAAUUAUCUUCAUUAAGGAAAAAUAUCGGUAUUGUUCCUCAAGACACCCCAUUGUUCAAUGAAACUAUUAGAGAAAAUAUCCGAUAUGGGAACUUACAAGCAAAAGAUGAUGAGAUUAAUGAUAUCAUUGCCAAAGUUCAAUUAGAUAAGUUAAUCAAAGAAUUACCUGAAGGUAUUGAAACUAUUGUAGGAGAAAGAGGAAUGAUGAUUUCAGGUGGUGAAAAGCAGAGGUUAGCCAUUGCAAGAUUACUUUUAAAGAAAUCUCCUAUAACAUUUUUCGAUGAAGCUACCAGUGCCUUAGAUACUCACACUGAGCAGAAUUUAUUGAAGACCAUCAGAACAGUUUUUGCAGAUUCCAAUUACACAAACAUUUCAAUAGCUCAUAGAUUAAGAACUAUUGCUGAUAGUGAUAAGAUUAUUGUUUUGAAUAAAGGAAGUGUUGAAGAAGAAGGAACCCAUUAUGAACUUUUAAGUAAAGAUUCGUUAUAUGCUAAUUUAUGGAAUAUUCAAGAAACUUUAGAAUUAGAGCAAGAAGCUAAAGAAGCUGAUAAGGAAUAA